AUGUUGAGAAGAGAAAGAAAGAAACUUCUUUUGAUGCUUCUCGUAAUUGGAGCGAUAGCCAUUAUUUUGGUAAGGUUUCAUAACAAUAAUAAUAAUAAUAAUAGGAAUGAGUACCAAGUGGCUGCUAAUGCUAAAGGUUUAAACGUCGCGGUUUGGAAAGAUCUCUGUGGCUCGGACAUGCGGUCGCUGAAAGAAUUUCCUCUGUUUCCUCACGCCCCGGUGCUUCGUUUAAAAGCAAAAAGAUUGCAAAUGCACUUCACGAGGGAAUUCGAGAAUUUUGGAUUACGAAUGUAUGGAUUUCUUACUCCUGAUGAAUCUAGCAGUUACAAUUUUCAUUUAGAGUCAAGUGGAUCGUCAGAACUAUGGUUGAGUCUGGAUUCAAAUCCCGAAAACAGCAAAUUAAUUGCAAAUAUAACAUCAGGUACAAGUUUAAACCGUGCACGCGAGCAAGAUUUGAUUUCAUUAUUAGCUGGAAAGCGUUACUAUACAGAAAUUUUACUAAAACAUGGCCACCAUCACUGGUGGAAUGAUAAUUUUCUACACCUUAAAUGGCGAUCGUCCAAAUGGAAAGACGAACUAAGAGAUAUACCGUCAAAUCUACUCUCUGCAUUUGAAUAUGAUAUGACUUCAAAGCCGUUUGAUGGAGUCAAGUCAUACUCAGCUAUGAUUCAGCCUAUGCCAUCUGAGGUUAACAUCCUCCCAAUGCACAUUAGACAUCGGGAUCCAUCAUUCAUAAAUGAAGAAGUAAGACAUCGUACAGAAAUUUAUCAUCUUCCCUUCAUCAAAGAAGAAGACAUUAAAUAUUUAUUCCUUCCUUGUCAGUACAAUCCAUCCUACAUCGUGAAGGAACCUUUAUACAGAUACCAGGCAAUGUGGGAGACCCAUUACACCUCAGUCUACCCAUAUGACGUUUCAGACAUUGCAUCAGGUAUGAUGGAUAGAAAAAAAGGUUUUAUAAGCUUUGGAAAUGAUAAGAUGAAUGAAGAUGAAGCAAAGCAUGUUGUGUCUCAAGUUUGGAGGCAGAUAGAGAGCAAACAUCCCGGGUAAUUGUCUUGAGUUUUUUUCUUUCCUGAGUAUUCUUAAUACAAAAUUCCUGAAGGAGAUGUGGUAUAUAAAUGCGGCUCUUACUUGGUGUAGAAGACACAGUAUAUGCCACUAUAGAAUUUCAUCACAACUGGGAAUAAGAAAACAAUGAAAACAAUAGUGUGACAUAUACUGUGUCUUCUACACCAAGUAAGAGCCAAAAAUACUUGGGGUAGUUGUAAUUCCUUUCAACUUUUUAACUCCCACUGAUGACCAAGACCAAAUUUCUCAUUACGAUAUCAAUACAAUAUAAAGCAGACAAGUGAUGAGAAUGAAAAAAAAAAUUUCAACCAGGAGAUUAUUAGUUCAACCAAUGCCAAAUUCUUUGAACAAACAUCCUAAGAAUUUUAUUGCAGUCAGUGAGGAGAGUAACAAAGGUUCUAAAAUUCCUCUGAUAAUGGUCAAAUUUACUUUAAUUUUUACCAGUUUUAUGUAGGGUUACUAUUGAUCACCCCAGACCAGUUAUAUGAAAAAUUGGUACCAAGUUACCUCCAGUCACCUUUGCAAGCUCACCCCUAAAGUUCAUUCUUACUUUGACAGUAUUCAGAAGAUUGUAGAAAGUGUCAGUUGUAGUUUCUAUUGAUUAUACACUGGCAAACUGAUGAAGGUGGUUGAGGACACACUUGGAAUGGGGUCAAUCCACCAUAAACUGAAAAAAAAUAGUAUCUGUCUGGAGAGACUCCCUAUUUCAGGAGGUGUCUAGAGAUGUUUCUCUUGUGAUCUUAUAGUUAGUUGGACUAAAUCAAUGGAGAGAGGGGCUGUGAGAGUGUCUGGCUCAUGAAUACAACUUAACACUUGUGACCUUUGGGAAGAAGUCAAGUGGGUUACUUUAAAUGAUAUUCACCAUUAGCUUAUAUUGAAAUGUGUGUCAGCAUUCAACCUGUCUUAUUGUGAUUGAAAAUUUUGGGUAUUCAUUCUUGAUUUCUGUAGGAAGUAUUCUUUUAAGAAAAUCUUGAAUGUGGAACAAAAUCAUGAUCAAGGUACAGGAGACAGGUAUUUGGUGGAAUUGGAACUUAGAGAAAUUUCAAGUGGGAAACAUGCGAGAUUCUCUGAAUAUGUGUACAGACCCUGGGAUACACAUGUGCUAUGCACCCCUGAAGGUGUGACAUGGAACAAGAGUGCUGUCAUCAAUAUCCUUCUCACCAUUGGGAAUAAACAAGGAAAUUGGAUCCUUCAUUUUUUGAAUCGCAUGUCAAAAAUAUUCAAGAAAACCAAUGAUUCCAAUUUCAAUAUAGUAGUUACUGAAUUUGAUGGCGUUGAUAUUGACAUGAAAGAAGCUCUGAAGAAGAGUGGAAUUCCACAUUAUCAGCAUGUUAGACUUCGAGAGGGAUUUAAAAAAGCCUGGGGACUACAACUGGCUGCUAAUAUGGUUACAAAUCCAAACUCAAUACUGUUUGUUAUGGAUCUUCAUUUGGAUAUUCCCAACCAUUUUCUGGAUGAUGUCAGAAAGGUGAGUCAAGAGUGUCAUAAAUAGUCUCUAUAAUAAACCAAGACCUUCAGUAGAUCAUGGUUAGUUUAAUCAAAGAUGAAGACAAAAGGUACAGGGAAACUGACAUGUGCUUGAUUGCACAAUGUUUGAUAUUUAGUUACUUGAUGCUAUACAUGUGAUUAGAUCACAUUUGAGGUGAGUGGCACAGGUAAAAUUACCAUAACCUGGUUAGCUGGUGUUGGAAAGAAAACAGAGCACAAAUUUUUGAGGGAUACAAAUGGGAAGAAUCGAAGAACAAGACUGUUCUUUUCUUUCACUUUUCCCCUUCUCAAACCCACCCCUUAAAACUUGUAUUCCUAACACCAGUUUUCUAAUUGUGUAUUUACUUUUUGGUAGAAUUAAUUGCCAUAUAUUGAUCUGUUUUUGACAUGCAAGGAGUUAAAAUUGUUAGAAACCUUACUUUUGACUUUUAUCACCUUUCACUGUUGUCAUCAUCAUCUAUCUUGAUUUUCUAUGAGUAUCUUAAAUGAGGUGUUAUUUAUUUUGUCACAAGUAUGGGACCUCAAAAGGUUUGAAUCAUUUUAGGGGACUCAGACUUUUUCUUUGUCUCUCACUUGGGGCAUUAUGAAUAACAUCUUUCUUUAAGAGUUGCUUAUUUACAACAAUGCUAGGAAGCAAAAGCAUCUUCAUUUUUUUCAAGAUUAAGCCAAACAUUUACCUUCUCUACUCAAGUAAAUCUGCUCUCUUCUUUUAAUACAGCACUGUGUUCAGGGUAAGAUUGCUUACAGCCCUUUGCUUAUCCGCCUAUCAUGUGGGGCCACAGCUCAUCGUCCUGUAGGCUUUUGGGAGUUCUAUGGUUAUGGUUUGAUGGGCAUAUACAAAAGUGACUGGGACAGAAUUGGAGGAAUGAAUGUAGAAGAAUUCAAGAACAAAUGGGGUGGAGAAGAUUGGGAGAUCUGUGAUCGCAUUUUGAUGGAUGGUAUGGAGAUAGAGAGGCUGAAGAUGGUUCAUUUAUUUCAUUAUUUCCACACCAAAAAAGGCAUGUGGUCUGAUGCCUCUCAUCAUAAUGAGAACAGUGACUCUACAGAUAGAUACUGGCAGUAAUUUCUUUAAGCAAUGGAUUGUACUUUCUGUUAUUUUACUAUGGUGCUUUUCUCCAAAGUCUGAUGACUUAACAUACCCAAAAUGACAUUUUCAAAUCAAUCUGUAAACUAAUGUUAAUUAAUGUUAAGGUGAUCAGAUGAGAGAAAUGAUUUAGUUACAAGCUUUAUAAGUGUUCUCCCAAUAACCCAAGUGGGUUAUUGUACAUGGGUGAACUGAUAGAAAGUACAGUCUUCUGCUUCUUAUAUAUACAGCCAUGUAGCCAUUGUAAGUGAUACAAUGAACUGAUGAAUUGAUCUUUGAGCAAUUAGAGUGCACAUAAUAUCUUAUCUGUUUUAUAAACAGAUACAACUACUGUUAUAAAAUUAAUAUAUUGAAAAUUAGUGUAUUUAUGAAUGUUUUAGCUCAGAGUGAUUACCAAUAGAAUAACAGAUUUACUCUUAAAAUCCCAAUCUCUUCUUCUGAUUGGGGCCACUGAUUUCUUAUUUUGAUGUUCAUAUUUUUUCUCAUAUAAGAGCCAUUCUAAUUUUGGCAGGCUGAUCUGGUUCAUAUUUUUGUACUUAUUUUCUCUAUUUGUAAAAUUUCAGCUUGAAGGUUAGUAAUCCACAUGUUCUUGUAUGUGGGUGUGUACUGUAUUUACUCAGUUAUAUCCUUAAGAUUUUUUUACUACCAAAACUCUGUUGGAGAGAACAAUUGGUUAGUAAGCCAUAGCAAGAUUUUUUGUAUUUUUAAUCAGAGGGUUUAAAAGGCAGAUGGACUCUAAGAAUUCCAAUCCCCCAUUCUGGUUAGGGUCACUGAUUUCUUAUUUUGAUGCUCAUAUGCUAUCAGAGAGUUUAAUAGGCAGCUAGAAGAGAAAUAAUCAUGGAGAGUGAAAUGGGGAAAUAGUGAAUCACAGACUUAAAUUAGUUUUAAUGAUUGAAUUGAACUGUAAGUUAUAGAAAGUUAUUUUUUAAGGUUAUAUGUGUGUACAGAUAGAAUAGAAUGAUAAACAGAUAUAACUGUAAUGAGUAUUUGUGAAGUAGGC